AUGCCUUCGAAGAAGGUUAUCAAGAAGAAGGUUGCUGCUCCGCCUGCUCAGCUUCGCGCUGCUGCUCCUCAGAAGGAAGUGAAAAACCCUCUGUUUGAAAAGAGACCCAGAAACUUCAACAUUGGCUGCGAUAUACAGCCCAAGAGGGAUGUGACGCGCUUCGUGAGAUGGCCUAAGUACAUUCGCCUGCAGCGUCAAAAGGCUGUGCUCCAGAAACGACUGAAGAUUCCUCCACCAAUCAAUCAAUUUAGAAGUGCUCUUGAUAAGCAAACCUCAUCUCAGCUCUUCAACCUUCUGAAUAAGUACCGCCCAGAGUCAAAAGAGCAGAAGAAGGAGCGUCUACGCGCUCGCGCUGAAGCUCGCGCCGCUGGCAAGACUGAGGAGAUUACGAAGCGCCCUCCAACUGUUCGUUAUGGUGUCAACGCUGUCACACGUCUCGUCGAAACUCGCAAGGCACAGCUCGUUGUCAUUGCACACGAUGUAGACCCAAUUGAAAUCGUCAUCUUCCUCCCUGCCCUGUGCCGCAAGUUCAACGUUCCAUAUGCCAUCGUGCGAGGAAAAGCUUCUCUAGGAACCGUGGUGCGACGCAAGACCACUUCUGCUAUC